CAAUUUUUUCAGCAACCAUUGUCGUUAAAUAGUUAUUGCCUGUUGCAAUAAACCCAGAAUUAGAAUCUGCCGCCAUGAAGAAGCUUCAAGUCCGCGUAUUUGCCCUUGGCAUCGUGGCUACGGUGUUGGGUCUUGGACUCGCCACGGCUUCGUAUCCUGACAGCGUCAACGUGGUUACAGGCCGCCCUGGCCCGCUGAGUUGUGGAGCAGUGACUUCCACUUCUGUCCGCUUCCGGUCCCUGACGAUGCCGGGCAGCAAAUCGCUGGUGACUUACCGACGCUUCUCGAUCUCGACACUCAAGUUGACCGCUGCCGUAAAUGCGACUAAAAGGAUGUCAGCAACGGAUGUGGUGCAGUGCGCGAGGCAGGCUGCCUUGGAAGACAUGGCUGGAUUUUCUUUCAAUGGAACCUGCACAGCCUACAAAUUUGGCGAGAAACUUUGCUCCUGUUCGACGGCAGAACCAGUCAUUUACGUGACCGACUCCAGCGUUACCUACGAAACUCCCUCAAGUGUUCCUUUCAGCGCUGCUUCCUACGUGAACGUCACGGUUGAGAACACAGGAUUUAAGCAGUACAAGCUCGUGAAUUUCUUCCUGGAUGUCAUUGAGAACAAUAUUGCACAGCCACCUGACAUCUCAAGGGGAGCUGCGACUCUCUACUUCUUUCCUCAAGACGAUGGCAUCUACAAAGCUAUUAGAAGACCCUAUCUGGACCUGGCUUCUUGCGUCACCGACUCUCCAUGCGGAAUACCUGUCCUCGUCAACAAUACGCUCCCAGCUUACUACCUGCUGAACGAAUGCGGCAGGACCAUUGAACUUACGGCUGACCUCUCCAAGUCAGACUUCGUUAUUGUGUACUCACACCCCGGAUUCGGGUGCAAGGCAUUCCCGGACGGUCCGGCCUACAACUGCACCGUUACUUUCACAUCAACUACUACUCUUGUCUUUAAAUUUGUGGGAUUUUAUUUCGAUGCCGCUGCCGCUACCUGCGACGGCUACACACUGCGCGCUUCUUACGAUACCACGCCCGACGCCGAUUUCUGCACUGUUGUUAAGGACGGACGUGGCAAUACAACAUUCACUCUGCUAGGCCAGGCGCUGGCCAAAACCUUCAAGGCGGGGUUCCUCUUCACAUUCUCGUAGUUGCUUGACACGUAAUUUUGCCCCGCUUGCCCCAUCGUCACCCCACGCGUCCCCAUCUAAGAAACAUCACAUACAUGAUCACCGCAGCAUUCACCUCGAGCGGGGAUUACAAUUCCCCACAAACUAAAUUUUAUAUUCUUCUGAAGUCAUAUUUUUGAAGUUAGUUGUUGUGACUGCGCCUCAGAGAGGGAUGUGACUGCACCUCAGAGAGGGAUGGAGAACGAGGGGUGAACUGCGAUAAAAAAUAAAUGCAGAAAUAAUCAGAAAUACCUCAUAGAAAAGGAUGGGGGCUUGCGGGGUGUGGGCAACGCUGGACUUUUGGCAACCUUGAACGUGAUGUGAUGCCACCCAUUGUAUCUCGCUAACUGUGUGAUGCCAUGCACAAGUGCUGUUACUUUAGCUGUGUGAAGUGGUGAUGCCACGCACAAGUGCUGUUA